AUGGUCAUGUCCACUUGUUCUCGAGUUAUUCUGGACCAUUUCACCGUGCAAACGACGCUCGCAUCCUCCCAGGCAUUCGACAUGCGGGUCUUUGGCAAGUCCAUCUCCCUCGGUGCGGCCGGCGCCCAAGAGAUCAAGGGCAAGAAGCUCACUCUCGACAAUGACGACCUGCGGCCCCUGAAAUUGGCCGACCGCACAUGGACGCACCGGACCUACUUUACCUUUUGGUUCAGCGCCGUCGCCACCGUUUCCAACUGGUAUGGCGCGUCGGCCGGCCAGGCCCUGGGCCUCAGCAUGUGGGAGUCGGUGGCCUGCGCCCUGGGUGGCCAGAUGCUCAUAUCCAUCAUCAUGGCCCUCAACGGCCGCCCGGGAGCCACGUACCACAUUGGCUUCCCCGUCGUCUGCCGCACGGCCUUUGGCGUCUACGGCGCAUGGUGGCCGACCUUCAACCGCGCCGUCUCGGCCGUGGUGUGGAACGGAGUCAACAUGGUGCAGGGCGGGCAGUGCAUCUACGUCAUGCUUCAUGCCUUGACUCCCCGGAUAGCCGACCUCCCCAACACCAUGGGCAGCGGCUCUGCUUUGACGUCGGCCGGCAUGAUUGGCUUUGCCAUCUUUUGGCUCAUCACCAGCUUCUUCCUCGUCAUACCCAUCCCAAAGCUGCGGGUCCUCGUCUACAUCAAACUGGGCGUCUUUGCCGUCUCGGCCGUGGCAAUGGUGGCCUGGACGGCGACCAAGGCCGGCGGGCUCGGCUCGAUCGUCUCCCAGCCGGCCGCCGCGACGGGGUCCACGCACACCUGGCUGGUCGUGCGCUUCUUCCUCCUCGGGGCCGCCAACUGCGCAACCUUUGCCUCCAACGCCUCCGACUUUCAGCGCUACGCCCAGAAGAAGAACGACGUGCUGCUCGGGAACCUGUUUGGCUUCCCCAUGUCCAACUUGGUCGUCGCCAUCGCGGGCAACCUCGUGUGCGCAUCCAGCCAGCGCAUCUUUGGGGAGCUCGUCUGGAACCCCAUUACGCUGCUCGACAUGCUCCAGACGGCAGAGUACACGGCCGCCAACCGUGCGGGCUGUUUUUUCCUCGCCGCCAUGUUCGCCUACAGCUGCAUCUUUAGCAGCAUCUUUGAGAAUUCUCUGCCGGCCGGCAACGAUAUCGCCGCUCUUUUUCCCAAAUAUGUCACCGUCCGGAGGGGUUUCUUCAUCUGUGCCGUCAUUUCUUUUGCCAUUUGCCCGUGGUAUCUCUUGGGCUCCGCUAGCAUCUUCGUCUCGUUCCUGGCCUCGUAUCAGGUCUUCCUCGCCACCAUCACCGGCAUCCUCCUGGUCAACUACUACCUGAUCGGCCGCGGCCGCAUCGCCAUCCCCGACGCCUUCACGCCGUCGGAAAAGGGCGUCUACUACUACACGCACGGCUGGAACGUCCGCGCAUACAUUGCGUACGUCGUCGGCAUCAUCCCCAACUUCUACGGCUUCCUCAACAACAUGGGCGUGCCCGCCCCGGUGGGCAUCACGCGCUUCUACUACUUCGCCUACUGGGUCGGCCUGUUCAUCUCCGGCGGGGUGUUUUGGGUUCUGUGCAGGUUCUUCCCGCCCGCGCUCGUCGAGGACGGGUGGUGCGAACCUAGGGACUACGUGCGGGAGGAGGAGCGCCAAGAGAACCGGUCUGCUGAUGUCUCGGGCGAUGUUAUCGAAGGGGCCGAGGUUGCGUCGACUCAUGGCUCGGCUAGGAAGGCUGGUUUGCAGGAUACUACGGCCGAGAAGAGUCUGGCUUAG